CGGAGCCGCCAGCCGGCAGCAGGGAGACGCAGCUUAGAGACCGAGGCGCUCACAGCUAUGGGCCGGGGGUCCCGGAGAGCUCGGGGGUCGCCGGUGCUCCUGCUGCUGCUCCUGUGGCCGGUGCCGGGCGCUGGAGUGCUUCCAGGAAACACCCCUGGAAAACCAGUCAUCCCCCACUGGGUCCUGGAUGGACAACGCUGGCACAUGGUCACCCCGGAGGAGCGGGUCUCGAAGCCAGACUUGGGGCUGGUGGCCUUGGAGGCUGAAGGCCAGGAGCUGGUGCUUGAGCUGGAGAAGAAGCACAGGCUGCUGGCCCCUGGAUACACAGAAACCCACUACAGCCCAGAUGGGCAGCCGGUGGUGCUGGUCCCCAGCCAUACGGAUCAUUGCCACUACCAUGGGCGAGUGAGGGGCUUCCCUGCUUCUUGGGUGGUCCUCAGCACCUGCUCUGGGAUGAGCGGCCUCAUCGCGCUCAGCAGCAAUGCCAGCUAUUAUCUGCGCCCCCUGCCACCUGGGGACUCCAAGGACUCCUCAACGCACAAGAUCUUCCGGACUGAGCAGCUGCUUACCUGGAAAGGGCACUGUGGCCACAGGGACCCUGGGGACAAAAGGGGCAUGGCCAGCCUUCCUCGUGCUCCGCAGAGCAGGGACAGGCGUGAGGCCGGCAGGAGCCCGAGGUACCUGGAGCUGUACCUAGUGGCUGACCACACCCUGUUCUUGACCCAGCAAAGGAACCUGAACCGCACCAAACAGCGUCUCCUGGAGGUCGCCAACUAUGUGGACCAGGUUGGGGGUGGGGAGGAGAGAGCAGGAACGCGGGUGACGCGGCAGCGGCGGGCUCAGGGAGAGGAGAGGGGCGCCCCCGCGCAGGAGCCCACGCUCGGCGGGGCGCCUGGCCCCGGCUUCAGCCCCUCCCGCCCACAGAUCCUCAGGACUCUGGACAUUCAGGUGGUGCUGAGCGGCCUGGAAGUGUGGACCGAGAGGGACCGCAGCCGCGUCACGCCGGACGCCAACGCCACGCUCUGGGCCUUCCUGCAGUGGCGCCGGGGGCUGUGGGCGCGGCGGCCACACGACUCGGCGCAGCUGCUCACGGGCCGCGCCUUCCGGGGCGACACCGUGGGACUGGCGCCCGUCGAGGGCAUGUGCCGCGCCGAGAGCUCCGGAGGCGUGAGCACGGUGAGCCCGCGGGCCGGGGACGGAGCCAAGGGGGAGGGCUCGCCGCCCGCACUGACCGCGCCCCGCGCCCUCCCAGGACCACUCGGAGCUCCCCAUUGGCGCCGCAGCCACCGUGGCCCACGAGAUAGGCCACAGCCUGGGCCUCAGCCACGACCCCGACGGCUGCUGCGUGGAGGCCGCGGCCGAGCAGGGCGGCUGCGUGAUGGCGGCGGCCACGGGGCACCCGUUCCCGCGCGUGUUCAGCGCCUGCAGCCGCCGCCAGCUGCGCGCCUUCUUCCGCAAGGGGGGCGGCGCGUGCCUCUUCAAUGCCCCGGAGCCCGGGCUGCUGGUGCCGCCGGCGCGCUGCGGGAACGGCUUCGUGGAGGCCGGCGAGGAGUGCGACUGCGGCCCCAGCCAGGUCAGGAGUGCUGGGACCUCUGCUGCUUCUCUCACAAUUGCUCUCUGCGCGCGGGGGCCCAGUGUGCCCACGGGGACUGCUGCACGCGCUGCCUGCUGAAGCCAACAGGUGUGCUGUGCCGCCAGGCUGCAGGGGACUGUGACCUUCCUGAGUUCUGCACGGGCGCCUCCCCCAAUUGCCCCCGGGACAUUUAUCUACUAGACGGCUCGCCCUGCGCCAGGGGCCGUGGCUACUGCAGGGAUGGCGCGUGUCCCACGCUUGAGCAGCAGUGCCAGCAGCUCUGGGGCCCUGGUUCCCGCCCGGCCCCGGAGGCCUGUUUCCAGCUGGUGAACUGUGCAGGAGACGCUCAUGGGAACUGUGGCCAGGACAGUGAGGGCCACUUCGUGCCUUGUGCACAGAGGGAUACUCCGUGUGGGAAGCUGCAGUGCCAGGGUGGAGAGCAGAGCCCACUUGUACCAUACACGGUGCCGGUGGACUCCACCAUUCACCUAGACGGCAGCGAGGUGACUUGCCGGGGAGUCCUUGUACUCCAUGCUGCCCAGCUGGACCUCCUUGACAUGGGCCUUGUAGAGCCGGGCACGCAGUGUGGACCUAGAAUGGUGUGCCAGGACAGGCGCUGCCAGAACACGACCUUCCAGGAGCUGGAGCGCUGCCUGACCACCUGCCACGGCCAUGGGGUUUGUAAUAGCAACCAUAACUGCCACUGUGCUCCAGGCUGGGCUCCACCCUUCUGUGACAAGCCGGGCUUUGGUGGCAGCUUGGACAGCAGCCCUGUGCAGCUUGAAAGCCGUGACGCCUUCCUGCCAGCCAUGCUCCUUAGCUUCCUGCUGCCUCUGCUCCCUGGGGCCGGCCUGGCCUGGUGCUGCUACCGGCUGCCAGGAGCCCAUCUCCAGCGAUGCCCUUGGAGCUGGAGGAGGGACCCCACAUGCAGUGGGGACCACCCCCUGGGCAGUGUUCACCCCAUGGAGUUGGGCCCCACAGCCACCAGAGAGCCCUGGCCCCUGGCAUCCAUCCUCCACCAUUGCUCCCAGACCCUGAGAACCCUGCUGGAACCCAACAGCCUCCUUGAGAAGCCUGGGCCCCAUAGCCCCACCGGAGCCCCAAGCAGGUCAAGUCCAGAAACCAAGAUCCUGCCUCUGGUGAGAGGUGGCUCCUGAUUUGAGGAGACUUAAAGACAGGUGGCCACUGACAGCCACUCCAGGAACCUGGACCCCCAAGGGCAGAGACAGCGAGUCAGCUGACCUCCUGCACCUUCAGGCUUGGAAGUUUCUUCCCCCCUUUGAGCUCCCACCCACCCACUCCAGGCCCCCAGAGCCUCAUCAGAAGUUGCCCAGUAGGGCCCCCACCUCUUAGGGCUGCGGGAUCCUGCUGGGUACACCCUCCAGCCCGGAUAAUCCACUAGACCCAGGAGCGAAGGCUAUUUAAGAAGUUUAGGGGCUCAUAUAACUGGGAUAUUGUCAAAUUCUGCAUCCUCUCACUCUUUGCCUCUUGGCUUCCUUUCCUCUAGGAUGGCUUCCUUUUCUCAGGCAGGUUCCCCUAAAAAUGCUCCUGCAGAGUGCACCUUUUAUAGUCCCAGCAAAAAUCCCAGAAUGAACUCUGAUUAGUACAGCUUGGGUCACAUGUCCAUUCAUGAGCCAAUCAUGAUAGCCUGAGAGAUACUGUACAUUUAUCGGCCAAGCCUGGGUUAUGCACAGUUCCCUGGAGUCCUGGGAUGGGAUCAGCCCAGUGGGAGCCACAAGGGGUGAUUCUGGGGAAGGAACGGUUUCCACGAAAGAAGAGAUCCUGUUACUAGAAGAAACAAUGCCAAACAGACAAAAAUGGGUGUCUCCUAUGUGAGAUAUUUGCUCCUGGGGCCACCUUUCUGUUUCAGCUCUGGAAGUCUUCCCAAGAGACUUCCUAAGGUUUAGAUGACAAAUAGAUACACAGACAAUUUAAAAUGUUAGCCCAUACACUCCAGAAGAAAUGUACAGAAAUGGUCAUAGUAGCAUUAUUUUCAAUAGCUAAACAUUAAAAAAAAAUUUUCAAUAUCCAACAAUAUCAGAAUGGAUAAAAUAUGAUAGAGUCACAUUCGUAGAAUACCAUACAGCAGAAAAAUGAACUGUUCUACAAACACCAACCUGAAUAAAUCUCAAAAAAUUGUUGAGCGAAAAA